AUGCCUGUUGAGUUUCCAAAAUCUUUAAGAGCGUCUUCCCAUAGUUCGGAGGGCGGAACUACUAAGGAGGAGGAUAUCUACGGAUACGAACUCCUCUAUAGAAGCGCCUUCGCCUCAUACAUCGCCCCAACUGGAGCAUGGAAUCUCGUUUGGUUCCAAGCUGCAGAUGGCUCUAUCAAACAGGCCAGGUGGUAUGGUGAAUGGGUCAUUUCCACCGUCCUUGCUCCUGGAAAGGCUCUUCAAGGUACCCCACUUACGGCUCUCUUAUGGGGGCCCCAGGACACCGUCCGUCUCUAUUACCUUAGUCCACAAUUCGAACUCCAGGAAUGGUGCUGGGACACCAAGAACGGUGCCGAUAACAAGUAUGAUGGUGCUUUGAAUGCCGCAAAGGUCAAGGUCGCACCAUACAGCAAGCUUGGUGCUGUCUCCUUCGGAGGUGCCAAUCUUCGUGUCUACUAUCAAGGCACCAAUAACAAGCUCGAGGAAUACACCUUCGGCGGCGGUCAAGGUUGGAAGAAGGGUGCCACUCUCCCGGGAGACCCACUUCCAGGAACCUACAUUUCCUUCGUCAACCGUAAUAAAUGGGAUGCCAACCCACCCUCCAUCCGCGGCUACUUCCAAACCGUGACCGGCUCUCUCGCAGAACAAGUCUGGGAAACCGGUGGCUGGAGAAUCGGCCAAUUUGUCAUCCCAGCUGCCCCAUUCCUCACACCAAUUUCAGCCACUGUUUCACCCGAGAAGGAUUUCCCUAAGAUUCAUGUCUACUGGCUCAGCGUCGAGAGCACGAUUAUUGAGUCUGUGAACUGGCAUGGAUGGAAGGCACCGAAGCAGAUUGAUAAUAUUAGUGUUGUUAAGGCGGAUAUUUCAGCCACGAGUUUUACGAGGGAUGAUGGAACUGUUGAUGUUAGGAUUUAUGGUACUGCACAGUUGAAUGUGCUGUUUGAGAGGAUCUUCAGGUACGGAGUUUGGGAAGAGAAGAUUCAUAGUAUUAGUGUUGGGAAAGAAAUUCCUAUUGAGGUUGUGGGUGUAUAA